UCUACAAUUUCAUUUUGAGGUUAAUUAUAAACUUCCUUAAUUUUAUUUGAAGCUCAAAUUAUAUUUUACCAACUUCUCACCAACCCACCUCUAUAAAUAAAUCAACAAUCCCCAUGGAGAAGUCAUAGCUCAUAAGUCAUAAUAUAGACUUAACAAAAAAGAUAAGAGAAUAAUAAUAAGAAGAAGAACACAAAAGAGUGAUAGAAAUGGGGAGAGGUGGUUUAGGCGUUGGUGGAUUACUGCUGAUUAUGUUGAUUGUGAUUAACAUGGAGGUUAAUGAAUCAACUACUUAUGAGGUGGGAGAUGAAUUUGGAUGGGAUCCCACCAUUGACAUGGAGACUUGGCCUCGUGGCAAGACAUUUCAUGCCGGUGAUAUCUUAGAAUUCAAGUAUGAUGACCAGAAGUACGACGUGGUGGUGACGGACCAAGUAGGGCACGACACGUGUACCGUUACGCCGAGAUCAGACGUACAUAACUCGGGAGAUGACCGUAUCGAACUUCAGCAUGGAGGCAAUUAUUUCAUCUGCAGCAUCUCGUCGCUCUGCAGCGCCGGAUUGAAGAUGGCCGUCUCCGCUGACUUCUAGUCUGUAAACUUUGGUCUUCUUUCAUUGCAAUGAAAUCAGUAAAAUGUCUUUCAUGAUGUAACCAAAAACCUACUGCGUAUAGGUUAUAUCAACAUUUACCAUCACAUUCGAAUAAAAAUCACAAAUUAGACAAGUUGGCUUUGUGGGUUUCCAAGCGUCAGGUACAAUCCUAUUUGCUUUUGGCAAGUCUUAUGAUGGGCUAAGUGAUCCUUUUACCAUGGAGUGCUUAGCUCUCAGAGAUGCUUUAAAAUGGUGCUUAACUCAUGGUUUUGUUUGUGUUAAAUUCCAUGGGGAUUCUCAAAAUUUGAUCCAACGUAUGGUGCGGUGUGAUUUGGCGCAUGAUCGGUGUGGUGCGGUGCUGGAGGAGGCAAGGACUUUGACGGCUCAGUUCACCUGGCGUUCUUUUUGUUUUGUCUCUCGUCGACUUAACAGGGCUGCCCACUUGUGGCACAUCAAGCCAUUUCAUCGGGAGUUCGACGACUAGUCGACUCCCGCGCUUUUCUUUUUUCUUUGAAUGACUGAUUGUUUCCGCUACUAUUGACAAAAAAAAAAAAAAAAAAACUCGACUCAACAGAAAUACAAUCUGGAGGGCCAA